GUCCAUGCAAACACCGGAGCGCGUGGUAGGGCUGUUUAUUAACCUUGUAACUCCUGCAAAAUAACACAUAUUAAAAAUAUAAACAUGCGCUGAAAUGGGCUAGCAGCGGAGACCCACCUGGUGUCUUCUAUAUCACAGAACAGGACCGCCCUAGAAAGGAGCUGAGAAAAUAACAGAAAUGGUAUACAGUCCAUGAAAAAAAUAAGGAAAAUGCUUGGAUCUGAAAAAGAGCCCCGAGGUUCGAAAGAAAACGUCUCCGAACAAAACGCAAACGGAGUGCAAAGUACAAAAAAGAAAGUUGGAUUUUAUAAGGGGUUAAAAGGUAUCGCGAAGUACCUCUAUCCCAAAAAAUCAGACGCCACCUCGGCCAACGCAGAGACCAAAGGCGAGGAAAUUACAGUGGAAAAAAUUCAAGAGAAUAUUCUUCAGAAAAGAUUUUGGAAAGCCAGCCAAGGUCUUACCGUCUUAGAGCGCGAGGUCUACAGCCAAAUCGGUGACAAGCUUCAUGAAGACAGAAAGCAGGAGCUGGAGUCCUUGUACGAGGAACUAGACAAAGAAGUCUUCAAAGCGGUGAAAGAUUCCAUCGUGGAAGAAGAUGAGGACUUGCUGACUCAGGCUAUACGGGCCAUCAUGGAACAAGAAGCAGAAGACAACAUCUACAGUGAGGACCACGACACCUCGGUAAAACCCAACCCUGCUCGACCGAGAAAAUGGAAGCAGAAAUGGGGGCAGUACGUCAAGCUCUCGGUGAUCGAGCGGAUCCAGAAAUUACCGGCGAUCUCACCCAACGAUCCGGACUCGUCAAUCUCGCAGAAUUUCAUAAAUCUGGGAAAGACCAUAAAAACAGAUCUGAUCCACGUGGUGAAACAUCUCAAGCCGCACUACCCCGAGGAGUUUGAUGUGUGCGAUACCUACGUGCGGCAUUACCAUUCUAUUCUAAAGUCCCAGGUUGAAAUUAUCACAGAAUUCCAACUGGAUGGCAAAGACAGCUAUUUUAUCCUGUGCUGGGUGCAUAACAUUUACCCAACCAAUGUUUUGAAAGACUCUGCCCUACUUGGACACAUUGAGGAGACCAAACUGGAAAGCCUUUUAGCGGCGCACAAGAUCAGAGAAUUAGAAGGAAGUUACUUGCCCUAUGAAGUGGGAUCUGUGAAAGAAUGGAUGUCCAACAGCUUAAAUUUAGAAGUUCAGCGCUGGAAGGAGGGCAACGAGCCAGUGAAACUGGGUGCCUUCUAUCACUCCGAGUUACACAUUGACGUCAUUCAGAGCUAUAACGGUGCGAUCAAGAGAGCAGCCCAGCUAUCUCCACGGAUGUCCCACCACAUGGCAUCUCGCUUGGCUAGCGUGCUGGUGGAAUUCCUAAAAAGUUACAUGACUUCAUUCGAAGAGUUUAAAGAGAAGCAUAAGACGGAUGAGUAUUUUAGAGCGAUCGUCAUUGCCAAUAUCAACUGCUGUAGGACGUUCAGAGAUUUUGUUGCACGCAACGACAAUGAAUUGCAACCGAGAUCAAAGGAGACGAUGAAUUCAAUUCUCAAUGAGUUCGAGGAGCUUGGCUUUGACAUCCUUCUUCACGACUUAUUUCAAGAAUUAAAGGUUUACUUCAAAAAGAUUUCUCAAGGAAACGGCUUGUGCAGUCACCAAGUCAUGUCCGAUAUUAUCAAGGUCGUGGAGAAGCACACCUUCCCUCUGAAAACACUAACUCCUAGUUGUUAUAAGGAUGCCAUCGAUAGGAUCCAUUUUCACUUGGUCAAGGAAUACGUAACAAGGCUUCUCAAGAAGAAAGUCAGCCACAAGAACGUGCGGCAGCUUCAGACUCUGGCGAACCAAGUCCACGAGAACGCGAAUCUCAUCAGCGAUUUCUUCUCUUGUCAUGAAUCCCAAGCAACUUGGCUGAACCCUCUUAUCCCCAAACUGGCCGAAAUCAUCAGGCUGCAGGAUGUCAACGCCAUUCAGCUGGAAGUGGCCGCGCUGGCCGAAGAUUACCCCGAUAUUGGGAAAAAGCACGUUGAAGCCGUUCUUUACAUCAAAGGGAAUCUCAGCAGAAAUGAAGGGAAGUCAAUCCUGGGUGUCCUCAACAGCUUUGAAAGAAGAGACAACACAACCCCGCAGUUCUUCUCAUUAAUUAAACCCUCUUAAUGGAACUUUGUGAUGGUCAACGUCGAAGAACAUGCUCAACCCUGCUACUGGGUGCUUCAGAGAAGAUACACAAGGGCGACAUUUCACAUAUAUCUAUAAUGAUGAAUAUCUGUAGAGCCAGCUCCUUCUGCUCAUAGGUUGCGAUCAUCUGAACUCCAGCGUCCGCUAAAAACAAUGUAACUCUGUGCCCUGGAUUUUGUUUACACAGUCCUGAUGUAUGUAGCUAACGUUUUUUACAUUUCAGAAAAGACUUCCCGACUUCUUUUUGAAGCUUUAUCAGUAUUUUUUUGGAUUUCUUAUUCCAACAUCCUUGCGUUUUUGUUUUUUUUUUCCUUUUGAAAGCAAGCACUUUUUUUUAGGUUUAAAAUAUCGUAUUUAAGCGCAUGAACAAGACGCACACGUACUGUAACUCUCCUCGACUCAGGUGUGAGUUUGUACUGUAUAUAGAAACGUGUCUAUGGAUCGUCCUCAACAGCAAGGACAUUCAAGCACUUGAGAUUCUCCAGACAACGGGUCAACGGACAUAUUUCAUAUUCUAUGAGUUGUGGUUGGUAACUUGGUGGUAAACGUAUUCAGUAAAGAUUUCAUCUCAAGUUGGGACCACAGAGCUUUGAAAGUGGUUCUACCAUUUCUUCUAUAAGAUGUUGGUCCACUAAAUGGUGCCACGUUCUGCUAAAGAAUACGUUCAGUACACAAGUACGUUUAAUGGAUUUCGCUUUCAAAGCAUGAUGGUGUCCUUCAAAUGUAUCCUAGUGGUCGAUAGUAGAACGUUAUAAGAAAUGUUACAUGGAGUGUUCUUUAUUAUUGGUUAUUGGGAUAAACCCCACAG